GCACCCCUUCCUUCUCGCUCCCUGCUUUCGAGUUUGCUUUAUUCCCAUCCCAACCUGGUUUACCCCUUCCUCUGCUCUCCCCCUCCAUCUGGCCGUCUUCCCUCCUCCCGUUUGCGUUGCAAAACAGGGCCAUGCCAUCUGCAAAGGUGUCGCGAUGCACUUCCCCAAAUAACCGGUCCGGCGUGCCAGCCCCUAGGCGCCCUCCGGCUGCGGGCGCACACCGAGCCCGGUGCUCCGGGUGCCCCGCACCAGGCCUCGCCGCCCGGGUGCAGCUGCACCGCGCGGGGCGGGGCGCAGCAGUGCGGGCUCCGGGGGACACCCGCGCCCGGGUCCCGGCACUCGGCCGGUUUCCGGUACACGCGGGGAAAUCGCCUCCUGCCCGUGUCUUCGCGCUCGCCCCUGCCUCCGCCGCCUGGAUUGCAUUAUUAUUUUUAUCCGGGUUGCAGCUUGCGGCGGAUCCUGCAUCACUCUACUGACUGGCCGAGACAGGAGAAGUAGAUGUCCACGCCCACAGACCCUGGUGCAAUGCCCCAUCCAGGGCCUUCGCCAGGGCCGGGACCCUCUCCUGGACCAAUCCUUGGACCUAGUCCAGGACCCGGACCAUCCCCAGGUUCUGUCCAUAGCAUGAUGGGGCCGAGUCCCGGACCUCCGAGUGUCUCACACCCCAUGCCAACAAUGGGGUCUGCUGACUUCCCACAGGAAGGCAUGCAUCAAAUGCAUAAGCCCAUUGAUGGGAUGCACGACAAGGCGAUUGUAGAAGAUAUCCAUUGUGGAUCCAUGAAGGCCACCGGGAUGCGGCCCCCGCACCCAGGCAUGGGUCCUCCCCAGAGUCCGAUGGAUCAACACAGCCAAGGGUACAUGUCGCCGCACCCGUCUCCGCUGGGAGCCCCCGAGCACGUCUCCAGCCCGAUGUCGGGGGGCGGCCCGACCCCACCCCAGAUGCCGCCCAGCCAGCCGGGGCCCCUCCUGUCGGGCGACCCGCAGGCCAUGAGCCAGCCCAGCCGAGGCCCCUCGCCUUUCAGUCCCGUCCAGCUGCAUCAGCUGCGAGCUCAGAUUUUAGCUUACAAGAUGCUGGCCCGCGGCCAGCCGCUCCCGGAGACGCUGCAGCUCGCAGUGCAGGGGAAGAGGACGUUGCCGGGCAUGCAGCAGCCGCAGCCGCAGCCGCCCGCGCAGCCCCCGCCGCCCGCGCAGCAGCCGCAGCAGCAGGCCCUGGUUACCUACAGCAGGCCAUCUGGUAGGUGACCGCGGCGCCCGAGGACUGAGCAGCACUGCGGAGCGCGCCCCAUGCCCGGGCUGACUUAGCCCUUUGUUGUACCUCCUUAACCCCUUCAUCCUGCUUAGCUCGGUGGGCCAGGACCCUUGGGCUCCUGGGCUGUACGGUCCCAAGGCAGGAAGCCAUAUAGCCCCCGUGAAUCUGCAUUCUCUUUCAGAGGGUUCAAGUUCUGUCGGGAAGCCCGUGCACACCCCCCAGGUUAGCAACCCUGCACCCGGUGCGCCCCAUCCCCAAAAUGCGCCCCUAGAAUCCGCCCUCCGGGGAGCCAUCUUCAUGCUGAUUUAUUUAGUUCUACCCAUUUUGUGUUGAGAAAGGCAUUGAGGGAGGCUUCCAAGGCGCACACCUGCAGUGAAAUAAUGAUCAGGUAGGAAAUCAGAAGCAAAGGGAAAUAGGAAUCAGGGUCAGGGAGGUCAGGGGCAUGGGGCCCUCCAGAGCUCACAGGGUUGCUGCCUCCAAGCUUGCAAAAGGACCCCGGUUUCCUGGCAGUCAGGAGAGGGCAGAGAGUCUGGUACUGAAUCCUCGCCGUUGGCAACUCUAUAGCACGCUGAUGCCUCAGAGGAAAACCGAGCCUUUUCUAGCGUCAGGUAACAAGGUAGAUUUUCCAGGUGGGAUUAUUUUUUUUAACUUUUGCUAUUAUUAUUGUAAAAGACCCCGCGAGACAGAGGCAUCAGUGACAUUUGUUCAUAAUACAUCGAGUAACAGAAUCCACACGCCCUAUGUCUUACAUAUCCCUGGAAUCAGAGCGGGAGCUGAGGGGUUAUCUAACAGGUGGAGAUAAGACGGUCCUCUGAAGGGCCCUCUGGUGGUCUGGCUUGAUCCCACUGGUGGAAUUCAGAGGUGCCCCAGGCUAGGGGUGGGCUUCCAUGCGCUUUAUUUUCUCUGGCAAGUUUUUAUUGUUGUUGUUAACUACCAGAUAAGCAAAGAGUUUAUGGUUCUGUUCUGACCAGAGCUUUGAGUCCCAGGGAGUUUUGAAUUCCAAGGGUCUUUCUUGACCUGACACCCUUUCCUGUGAAUAGUUCCCCCUCCUUAGGGCAGGCCACGACUUGCUGAGUCCUGCAAACAGUCGGUUUAGGAAAUGGGUACUUUUUCUAGGUUUGGGGACUUAGGCAGUGGGGAAGAGUUCAGAUUAUGAUUAUGGUUAUGAUUAUGAUUAGGUAUUCUGCCUUCUGAGUUUUGGUGUCCUUUCUGGUAGGGAUGAACUCACCUUGUUAAUUGUGGAUGUAGCCUUAGGAAUGGGUUCUGAAAGAGUAAGAAAGGACCACGUCCGCUUCAGAUCUUUGGGUUGUGACCACGGGGCUUUGGUAGGAGAAGGAUCAUAUGGCUCCGAACCUCAAGGUCUAAAAACGUGGUAGAGGAAAACCCCACAGAAGAUGGUAGUUUUGCACAUGUGAUGCAUUUAGAGGUUUUAAAAUGGCGUGACUCCAGCUCUGGGGAAGCAGCCAGAUGGAAGAAAGAAAUACACGCAUGUCUCUGGGUGCAUGGCUGAUACUUCGGGAGCAUGCACCUUGAUCAGCGGCCAGAACCUUGCAUGUGGGACACAUCUAGAACAUGGUGCGUCGGGACUCGUGUACCAGCUGUUGGACCCCAAGAGCCUGUGUCUUCACCACUGCCCAUCCUGGCUGCCUUGUCACGAUGAGCUCACCACCAGGGAUAGAACCACGUCCCAAACUGUGUGCACCAGAUGCAAGCAUUGUAGUCCUGUGAGUGUGAAAAGGAAGCGCAUCUUCACUCCUGCUGUAGUGCCUUUUAACUUGCUCUCUAGACUCCAUGUCAAGGAAAUCGGCACAUCUUGACAUCCCAGGUCUCAGAGUAGUUUCCAGUUGAGACUGAAUGACAACAAUCAGAUAGUUAGGCACCUCCCAAGAGUAGGGGUGUGGGACCCUGUCACUAGGCACACGUCACCACAUAUCAAAGCAUGUCCUGGGGUGCCAACUCAUCGCAGACCUCCGCAAGCAAGCAUCGUUUUGUUUUGCUCUGUUUUGAAUGACUUACACUUAGCGGGAAAACAUCCCAAAGCAUCCUUUAAGGAGGCAGCAAAGUGACCAAUUCAUUUCAGAUACCUUUUCACCCAAAGUUGUAAUAAGACUCCACGAUGUACUAAAACUUAGGGAACAAAGUCAUGGUUGUCUGGAUGCUCCUGCCGAGCCCCAGUAACACAAUCCUGAGUGUGUUUUCUGGGUUCUCUCCAGAAGACAGGGCUCUACGUCUCUAUGCAUCUCCGAUGCAUAUCUCCAUUUGUCCCUAAUUAAAAAAAAAAAGUAUUAUUGUGUUUAAAUCCCUUUACUAAUAAUUAAGGAAACAAUCAGUUUUUAACUAUGUCCACUGACCUGGAGGUAGCUACAAUUCCAUUUUUCUUUUGUCCCGCUUUGUAGCAUUAUUCAUGUGUGAGGAGAACAUUUUGGGCUGAGGUAGGCUGCCUCAGACCUCCCCCAGAGCUGUAACUCACCCAAAGUGGCGUACUCCUCAUAGACCCCGCUAGAGAAUUCCUGCUUGACUACAGGAGUUGUGCACUGAACAAAUACUUCUUCAGGCCUUGCUUGCUCUGGGUGCCGCGCAAAUGUAACCCAUCCUCUUCCUCAUUUCAUUUAUUUUUUUCUUUUAUAGAUACUAAGGCAAACUUAAAAUUAGGAGCCAUAAUAAAAGGGUUUUUUGUUUA